GUUUACGUUAACGUUUCGUCGUAGCAGAGGCCCGGGUGAAAGGAAGUGGUCCCACCGUGAACGAGUAGCCACCAAAUCGGGACAGCAAGAGUGAAUGGCAGUGGGGGUAUCCAACGAACGAUUUCAAGUCUUUAUAGCCCAUUAUAUAAAUUGAAAAACAUACAUCAGAGCGGAGGACCCAGCCACAAUCCCUGACACUUACCAUCUGUGUCGAGGUCCGUUUCCCACUAAAUGUGGGGGAGCAUCAGGAGUUGAUUAAGAGAUAUUUUAUCAUGAAGCCCAGAUUAAGUGUUGUCUGCUCAUCCAGAAAGUCUCAGUUAUUGCCUUGAACUUCUGAAAAGAAGAAGGACGAUGAAAUGAGAUAAAGUGGACGACUGGAGGAGCCCAGCCCCCUCACCUCCACCUCUUUGAAGCAUGGCAGGCCUACAGCUUGUCACCCCUGCCACUUCACCCAUGGGGCCUUUCUUUGGUCUGCCAUGGCAGCAGGAGGCUAUCCAUGAUAACAUCUACACACCUAGGAAAUAUCAGGUAGAACUUCUUGAAGCAGCUCUUGAACAUAAUACUAUCGUCUGCUUGAAUACUGGCUCAGGGAAGACCUUUAUUGCAGUACUUCUAACGAAAGAGCUCUCCCACCAAAUCCGUGGACAUUACCAAGAAAAUGCGAAGAGGACUGUUUUUCUGGUGAACACAGCAGUGUCUGUAGUUCAGCAAGCAGCUGCAGUCAGGACUCACUCGGACCUCCAAGUGGGAGAGUACACAGAUCUGGAGGAGACCUCAGCGUGGACAGACCAGCGGUGGAGUCGAGAGAUCAUCGAGAAUCAGGUGCUGGUCAUGACUUGCCACAUAUUCCUGCACGUUCUGAGGAAGAAAAUCUUACCGUUGUCUAAAAUCAACUUGGUGGUUUUUGACGAUUGUCACCUGGCCAUCACAGACCACCCUUACUGUGAGAUAAUGAAGCUGUUUGAGGGCUGCUCAUGCAGUCCUCGUAUCCUGGGUCUCACAGCCUCCAUUCUGAAUGGAAAGUGUGACCCGUCAGAACUGGAGCACAAGAUCCAGAAUCUGGAGAGCAUCCUGAAGAGCAAUGCUGAAACUGCCACCGACCUUGUGGUCCUGGACAGAUACGCCUCUCAGCCAAGGGAAGUGGUGCUGGACUGCGGCCCCUACGUGGACAAGAGUGGCCUCUCUUCCUCUCUGCAGGUAGAGCUGGAUGAAGCUCUCCACUUCCUGAAUGACUGCAACGUGUCUUUUGCCAGAGAGGACCGUGAUCCCACGUACAUCUCCAAACAGGUCCUGAGUGACUGCCGGGCCGUGCUGCAGGUCCUGGGACCCUGGUGUGCGGACAAGGCCGCCGGCAUCAUGGUGCGGGAACUCCAGAAGUACAUCAAACACGAGCAGGAGGAGCUCAACCGCAAGUUUCUGCUCUUCACCGACACCAUCCUGCGCAAAGUGCACGCCCUGUGCGAGGAGCACUUCUCGCCCGCCGCGCUGGACCUCAAGUUCGUCACCCCCAAGGUCCUGCGUCUGCUCGAGAUCCUGCACGAGUACAAGCCCUUUGAGCGCCAGCAGUUUGAAAGCGUGGAGUGGUACAACAACCGCAACCAGGACAACUACGUGUCCUGGAGCGACUCCGAGGACGAGGACGAGGACGAGGAGGUGGAGGCCAAAGAGAGGCCCGAAGCCAACUUUCCCUCACCGUUCACCAACAUCCUGUGUGGGAUCAUCUUUGUGGAGAGGCGUUACACAGCCGUCGUCCUCAAUCGUCUGAUCAAAGAGGCGGGGAAGCAGGACCCAGAGCUGGCUUACAUCAGCAGCAACUUCAUCACCGGCCACAGCAUCGGCAAGAACCAGCCGCGGAACAAGCAGAUGGAGGUGGAGUUCAGGAAACAAGAAGAGGUUCUCCGCAAAUUCCGGGCUCAUGAAACCAACCUGCUGAUCGCCACCAGCAUCGUGGAGGAAGGCGUGGAUAUCCCAAAGUGUAACCUGGUGGUGCGGUUUGACCUGCCCACGGAGUACAGGUCCUACGUCCAGUCCAAAGGCAGGGCGCGAGCUCCUGUCUCCAACUACAUCAUGCUAGCCGACAGCGAGAGGACCAAAACCUUCGAAGAAGAUCUCACUACCUACAAGGCCAUUGAGAAGAUCUUAAGGAACAAGUGCUCCAAGUCGGUGGAGGUGAGUGAGUUUGAAGUGGAGCAGGUCCUGGACGAUGACAACGUCCUCCCACCCUACGUGCUUCGAUCUGAGGACGGAGGUCCCCGGGUCACCAUCAACACAGCCAUCGGACACAUUAACAGGUAUUGUGCCCGGCUGCCCAGUGACCCGUUCACCCACCUAGCACCCAAGUGUAAAACUGCAGAGAGGCAGGAUGACCGCUUCCAGUCAACGCUCUACUUGCCCAUCAACUCCCCUCUGCGAGUUCCUAUUAAGGGUCCUAUGAUGAACUGUGCCAGACUGGCAGAGAAAGCUGUUGCACUAGUAUGCUGUGAGAAACUCCACAAGAUAGGUGAGCUGGACGAUCACCUGAUGCCGGUGGGAAAGGAGACGGUGAAGUAUGAGGAGGAGCUGGACCUUCACGAUGAGGAGGAGACCAGCGUGCCAGGCCGGCCCGGCUCUACCAAACGGAGGCAAUGCUACCCUAAAGCCAUACCAGAGUGUCUGCGGGACAGUUACGCUGUGCCGGAGCAGACGUACUACCUAUAUGUGGUUGGGAUGGUCCUCACCACCCCUCUCCCUGAUGAACUCAACUUCCGCAGAAGGAAGCUCUACCCACCGGAGGACACCACCAGGUGCUUCGGCAUCCUGACUGCCAAACCCAUACCUCGAAUUCCCCAUUUCCCGGUGUACACUCGCUCGGGUGAGGUGACCAUCUCCAUCGAGCUGCAGAAGUCGGGCUUCGCGCUCACCACCGCCCAGCUGGACCUCAUCACCCGCCUGCACCAGUACAUCUUCUCCCACAUCCUCCGCCUGGAGAAACCUGCACUGGAGUUCAAGCCCACGCUGGCUGACUCGGCUUACUGCGUUCUACCUCUGAAUGUUGUUGGGGACUCCAGCACGCUAGAUAUGGACUUUGGGUUCAUGGAGGACAUUGAGAAGUCUGAGGCCCGCACUGGCAUUCCUACCACUCAGUACACCAAGCAGAACCCCUUCACCUUCAAGCUGGAGGACUACCAGGACGCUGUCAUCAUUCCAAGGUAUCGCAACUUUGACCAGCCUCAUCGCUUCUACGUUGCCGAUGUGUACACAGACCUGACCCCGCUUAGUAAGUUUCCUUCACCAGAGUACGAGACAUUUGCCGAGUACUACAAAACCAAGUACAACCUGGACCUGUCCAACCUGAACCAACCGCUUCUGGACGUAGACCACACCUCCUCCAGACUCAACCUGUUGACCCCGCGGCACCUGAACCAGAAGGGCAAAGCCCUGCCGCUCAGCAGCGCAGAGAAGAGGAAGGCCAAGUGGGAGAGUCUGCAGAACAAGCAGAUCCUGGUUCCAGAGCUGUGUGCCAUCCACCCCAUCCCUGCUUCCCUGUGGAGGAAAGCGGUGUGCCUGCCCAGCAUCCUCUACCGCCUCCACUGCCUUCUGACCGCCGAGGAGCUCAGAGCCCAGACAGCCACUGAAGCUGGAGUGGGAGCCCAGACCCUUCCCCCUGACUUCAGGUAUCCGAACCUGGACUUUGGCUGGAAGAGAUCCAUCGACAGCAAAACGUUCAUCUCCUGUCCCGACUCGUGCAGUGAGGACGGCGAGGGCGACUGCGAGCGCCAAGAGACUCUCACCCCUGACUCCGAUUCCCUCACGCAUCCCAGUAGUCACCACUCUUCCCUGCCCGAGCGGGGGGCCCUCGUGGCCCUCGAGCCCGGAGAAGCCACAUGCACGGGGAACCUAACCAACGGCACUGCCCUCGUCACCGACUGUGACGACGACGGCCCCCAAGACGAGCACCUUCACCGACGUGACAAUUGCCAACGCUCCCAGCCCAGCUCCCCUGGGCUGCCGAGUCCCGAAUCAAUACAAACCACUACCUCAGUUCCUGCGCAGCCCUCUCACAGCUCCAAGAAGCCCAGCUCCAGUCCUCCACAGCCUAGCGAUGAAUGUACACCAGGGAGGCCCUCAGACCAUGCAAAUAAAGCUACCUCAGUCUGCAGCCGGGCAGCCACGGCUCCCAAUGCUCCCACAGCACCUUCUCCUCCCGAUCUGGACGCUGUCCCCCAGCACAGAGCCCAGACGGGAGACUCCCCCAAAAGCCUAGGGCCCAACCCGGGCCUCAUCCUGCAGGCCUUGACCCUAUCCAACGCCAGCGACGGUUUCAACCUGGAGCGGCUGGAGAUGCUCGGAGACUCUUUCCUUAAGCAUGCCAUCACCACAUACCUGUUCUGUACCUACCCCGACGCUCACGAGGGACGACUUAGCUACAUGCGCAGCAAGAAGGUGAGCAACUGUAACCUGUACCGGCUCGGGAAGAAGAAAGGACUCCCCAGCAGGAUGGUGGUGUCCAUCUUCGACCCCCCUGUUAACUGGCUGCCCCCUGGCUACGUGGUCAACCAGGACAAGAGCAGCACAGACAAACUGGAUUCAGAGGAGGCCAGAGAGGAGCUUUUGGCCAACGGGCAGUCUGGAAACGACUCUGAUGAGGAUGACGAGGAGGGUGAGGAGGUGGAUGACGACAGUGAGCUAAUGCUGAAGGAAGAGCCAAAGGAUGAAGUCAACAUGGAGGACGAUCUGGAGUAUUACAAGGAGCACAUAAAGUUCAUAGACAACAUGUUGUUGGGAUCCGGUGCGUUUGGUAAGAAGAUCUCCCUGAGCGGCUUCCCUCCCUCUCUCACCCCGGCCGCGGCUUCCUCCCCCGCCAUGGAGUCUCCAUACGAGUGGAAGGCCCCCAAGAAGCCCCCCCAUCCCACCGCCGCCCACUACCCCGCGGAGCCGGCGCCCAGCGGGCCCUCUGCCGAGGAGUUUGACUACAGCUCGUGGGACGCCAUGUGCUACCUGGAUCCCAGCAAGGCCGGUGAGGAGGACGACUUUGUGGUGGGCUUUUGGAAUCCGUCUGAGGAAAACUGCGGCGCAGAGCUCGGCAAGCAGUCGAUCUCCUACGACCUGCACACGGAGCAGUGCAUCGCUGACAAGAGCAUUGCCGACUGCGUGGAGGCCCUGCUGGGCUGCUACUUGACCAGCUGUGGAGAGAGAGCGGCCCAGAUGUUUCUCUGCUCGCUGGGCCUCAAGGUGUUACCGUUGGAGAGAGGGGCCCUGACAGGAGCAGUGGUGCAGAGCUGUCGGAUCACCACCAUCGACCUGUGCUACGGCUGGCUGAAGAUCCCACCGCGCUGCCUGCUGGACCAUCCGGACGCAGAGCGAACUCUCAACCACCUCAUCUCUGGCUUCGAGAACUUUGAAAAAAAGAUCAACUACACAUUUCAGAACAAGGCUUACCUUCUGCAAGCCUUCACCCACGCUUCCUACCAUUACAACACCAUCACAGAUUGUUACCAGCGGCUGGAGUUCCUCGGCGAUGCAAUUCUAGACUACCUCAUAACAAAGCACCUUUAUGAAGACCCGCGGCAGCACUCUCCCGGCGUGCUGACCGACCUGCGCUCGGCCCUCGUCAACAACACCAUCUUUGCCUCUCUGGCUGUCAAGUACGACUACCACAAGUACUUCAAGGCCAUCUCGCCCGAGCUUUUCCACGUCAUCGACGACUUUGUGCAGUUUCAGCUGGAGAAGAACGAGAUGCAAGGCAUGGACUCCGAACUGCGGCGCUCUGAAGAAGAUGAGGAGAAGGAGGAGGACAUCGAGGUCCCUAAGGCCAUGGGGGACAUCUUUGAGUCGCUAGCCGGAGCAAUUUACAUGGACAGCAGGAUGUCACUGGAGACGGUGUGGCAAGUGUAUUAUCCCAUGAUGAGGCCACUUAUAGAGAAAUUCUCUGCCAAUGUGCCACGCUCUCCUGUGAGGGAGCUGCUGGAGAUGGAACCAGAAACUGCCAAGUUCAGCCCUGCAGAGAGAACGUACGACGGGAAGGUCCGGGUGACGGUGGAGGUCGUCGGUAAGGGCAAGUUCAAAGGAGUCGGCCGCAGCUACCGGAUCGCCAAGUCGGCGGCUGCGCGGCGAGCUCUGCGCAGCCUCAAAGCCAAUCAACCUCAGGUCCAAAACAACUGAGCUCCUUCCUCCGAGCUCUCAGCAUUAGCACCUAAAGCUACUGACGCUAACGGAGGGGAAAAAAAUGAAAAAAAUAAAAAUAGAGAAAGCGACAUCGGGCUUCACAGCAGAGCGCGGCGCUCGCCUGCGACGGCACAACAAGGCAGCCAGGGAACACGGUGUGGAGACGCAACGAGAGAAGCAGACUGAUCUCACAACAGAUUUCACAUCAGAUCUUUUACCUGUUUUUAUUUUUAUUUUAUUUUAUUUUUUUUUUGCGCAAACACAAUCUUUGCUUUCCCUCUCUGCUUUGUGUAAUCACAUGAGUGCUUUAUUAACGUUUAGCAAAGUAUAAAAAAAAAAAAAAAAAAAAAAAAAAAGGUCAGGUCGCAAUGUCUAUUCCUCACCGGUUUUUUUUUUCGGUUAACCUCUAUGUCAGUGAGAUGAGGCUUAUGCUUAUUGUGUAGUAUUAGAUUGUACAUAGUUCAAUCAAAGGUGUAAAUCAAAGUAUGUAGGAAGACAAAAAAAAAAGAAACUCCUCAGCCUGUGCACUAGUGCCAGUCAGUUUGAAAGCGUUUUUGAAAACGCUUCACGGCAGACAUGGCUAACAGAUACCACUGGAGCAAAAACCUGGUGGCACUUCUGUCUGAAAUCUGUCUUGAAAUGGUAUUCUUAAUCAUUUUUGCACUUAUUCCAUUAGGGUCUGUUACCUUGAGAAUUGUGUGGUCACAUUGACACCAAAAUCAUAUACGUAGCAAAGUAUAUAAAGAUAUAUAAAAAAAAAUAAUAAUAAGAUACAUGGAUGAUAUUGUUGGCCUUAGAUGCUAAGGCUCACCCUCAUAUCCUGCGAGACGGAUAGGAAUUUCAACAUUCCCAGUUACUGUAAUUUAAAACUAGUUUUUAACCGCACUUGAGGUUGCAUGUUCUUGUAAGUUUAUGUAUAAACCAUGACAACUGGAUUGCUUCUAUAAAUGUUCUAAAUCUAUGGAUAUAUCUAGCGUGCGAGAGCGAGAUUCGAUGUAAAUGGCAUUACCUUGACGAUUUGGUUUACCGUGUUUUGAUACCAGGAGUGGAUGGAAUUGAAUUAAGUCAUUCGUGCGCACUAAACGUCUUUCCACAGAGAAAAUCAUCCAGUUUUGAUACAAGACGAGAGAGAGACAUAUCACGCGUUCAAUAUGCUGCAGACUUUUCUACAUUGGAUACUCGUGUCAAGGCUCCGAAUCGUUAUCGAACACAGCCUUUUGUGGGAAAAGGCCAAUUCAUUUCAACACACUAGUGUUCCUCACAUCCCGUACCUACCAAAGCUAUAACAAGAUGUGACACUAUGAGGUUGAAGUCAAUUCCUACGGAUAAAAGAUACCAGCCUUUUUGUUUUGUUCUUGUGUUUUCUGUUUCCGACAAAUUUCGCUUCUCGCUAAAUGUCCUUCUCCCCCCCACUCCCUCUCCCCUCCUCGUCAACAAGCCCUUUUUUCACUUGAAUACCUCAGUUAAUUGCAUGCAUUUUCUUGUCUUUAUAUAUUUGUUUUUCUUUUUUUUUUUUCUUUUUUUUUUGGUGCUAUGUUUUUGUAUUAAGCUUGAAUUUCUCAUCUUUUUUUGCACUGUAACUAUAAUACCUCUUUUAUUUUAUUUUUUUAUUUUAUUUUUUAUUAUUAUUUUUGGAAAUCUGUUUGAUUUGGUUGUCCCGUUCGUCAGCCAUCAAGCUGCAGAGGAGAGCUGCGUUGUCGUCUCUUCCCCCUCCCCCCCCUCCCAUACUCGAGGUUGCAGAGGGGGGGGCGGGCAGGAAAUGUAUUCUCUGCACAUAAGCCUAACUUUUUCCCCCGCCCCUCAUUCACUAGCGAAUAAUUUCAUCAGUUGAGAAUCUGUUAAAUUCUGGGUAAAAACAGAGACUUGAUUUGAUUGAUCAGACGGGUAAAUGCUUGUAGAGGUAAUCAGAUUGCACUCUUAAACUUUGGAUUUCUCUGACAUUAACCCCAAAAAUGUGGGCAGAGGGGGAAUAUACUUGACUUAUUUCUUCAAAACUAUCUUCAUAAACAAGGGUCGGAAGAGACGUGCGCCCGUGUGGUUUCUAAACUGUGUAAAUAUAGCUAUCUGAAAUGUAUUUCACACCCACAGGUGCUUCUACCUCAAAAGACACUCAGUGUUCAUUUCUGGACAAGACUGCAAUUCAAUUCAGUGACUCUGACGGCGCCGUCUACUGUAGUCUCCACUACACACGAUAUACUGUAACUCCGACGUCUACAUCGCACGUUUCACCGAGUCGGCGUUCCCUCCCAGUCAUUUGUGUCUCGCGUCUUUUACAUCGAAACAAACCUAACUCAGUGCCUUCUCCGCGGGAGAUCCGUGUCAGCGUUCACUGGAUUUAAAUUCCUUCGUCCAUCCAAAUUUGACUUUGGAAUAUUUGUGAGCAGAGAUCGCAGGACGGGAGGUCUUCUCUGUUUGUAAAUCCAAAUAAAAAUGAAAAAGACUUCAACUGAACUGACCCAACAGCAACUCAACUCCCAGAAAAGGGCCCAGAGCCCCAACAAGUAGCUGCAGUGAAAGUUUCUUGUGCUGUUCAAGGUUGGAUUAUCAACCGGGCAAAGCAAGCACAUACCCGCCCAAAUAGCGUCCCAGACCCUCUGGGGGUCCGAAGGCUCCUGGUUCACUAUGUGGCACCAAUAAAGCACGACUUGAAGUAAAUUGACAGAGGUCUUAAAUGGGACACCUGCGUUAUUACCCAGGACCUCGUCUUGUACAGUUGACCUGAUUUCAAAUCACGUUUUAAGGCCGUGAACAUCUCAGUUUAUACUGUGCAUAUUCCUCUUUAAACUUUGGUUUAAAGAAGUUACCACGAACUGAAUCCUAAGUGAUGAACACAUGAGGGCAACAGAGGUCAGUUGGGGCCAACAGUUCAGUUUUGCACAAAAGAUUAAUCUGGUUUUGGGAUUAAAUGACCGUUAUCUGAUACAUCGGAGCGCCAGUUGACUUCAGCAUUACGGCAGUGUUACCAGUGUUAAUAUGCUCAUUAAAAAGCAUUAAAGGCCUAUUAUGAAUUUCUCAAUGAUGAAUUAAAAGUCAAGUCGGUCAUUUUUUUUCUACGAUGUGACUGCUCUCAGGUCCGGUUUGUUCCACAGUAGAGCGCGGAUCGGGCCGCAUUUUUCUGUCCGAGCCCGGUCCGCGUCCGACAAUCCGACAGAGGUAUCCAUCCUCUGUUCCACAGCAAAGCCAGAGACCUGUAGAAAUUCUAGCUGAAACCAUUAUCAACGAGAAAGUUUAACCCGAGAUACACUUUAGGUCAGGUAAAAAAAAAAUUUAAAUAAAAUACUCUAGUCAAGAAUGAAAUGAGAACAAAACUUGAGCUAACCAGUGAAAACUACUUGUAGAAACGGCAGACUCACUUUUGGAUUCAGCCUUUGUGAUAUCCAGAUCCCUCAAUGUGUCUCUGAAACUAUAUGUGAAGUUACAGCUCUUGCCGUCGGGUUUAUGAUAAUUGUUUUGAAUUUGUUGAAUAGGUUCAUGUAUAAGAAGGGGGGGGGGCAUGUAAAUUCACUCCGUAUUGGGACUGAUGUUUCUCAUUUCCCUCAGAUCUUUCGUUGGGUGCCAUACUUUUUGUAUUCUGCAUCCUUCAGUUCUGAUGUUCAAAAUCAAUCUUUCUAUCGGAUUUAAAAAAAAAAAAAAAAAAAAAGAAGAGUGCAAUCUGUCAUUAUUUCUCAAGUCUACACAUUUCCAGUAAACCCUUAAAUCUGGGAUGUGCAUUUGGGUUUCCCGUUGGAGAGAUAAUGUCAGACUCGAGGCCCUCGAGUCACACACCUUCCAACACCUCACGUCUGUAGCGCACACACCCACACACACUCACUAAUUAUAUGUAAAUCUCCGGGGGGGAUUACUAAA